AUGGCGUAUACCGAUGAUGCUGUCAAGGCCAAACUCUCGGCGCUAAACGAGACGCAGGAGGGUAUUGUCACAGUUGCCCAAUGGGUCAUGUUUCACAGACGGCAUGCAGAACGAACGGCUCAACUUUGGCUACAGAAACUUCGCGAUUCGCCCGCCCCCAAACGGCUGAACCUGAUCUACCUCGCUAACGAGGUCGCGCAACAAUCAAAAGCCAGGCGGAAGGAUGAUUUUCUAAUCGCAUUUUCUCCGAUCAUUGCCGAGGCCAUGGCAACCGCAUACAAAGGUGCUUCAAACGACAUUCAGCAGAAGCUUCGACGAGUUGUUGAGGUGUGGAGACAACGUUCAAUCUUCGAGAUACCUAUUCAGGAAGCUGUUGAAGCUCGGGUGGAUGAGAUUGAUAAGUCACGGUCGACCGGUAAAAAGCCAUUGUUGGGCGGAUCCCUUUUCUCGAGUCCGGCUGGUUCAGUUCCAUCCGAGCUUCAGCCACUGGUCCCUCUGCAAACAGCUUUAUCCAAAGCGACAAUGGCCUCCGGCGCGUCUGCUACUGCAGCAAAUGGAGAGUACGACAAAAUGCAUGAUCCCACUGUACCCCUACCAACUCCUCCAGUGCACGCUGCACGUCUAAGCCAAUUAUUGAAAGCGCUUGCAAAUGCCGAAAGUUCUGUGUCCGAGGUCAUCAAAUCGCGCUUGGCACUUAUCGAUGGUCUUGAGAAGCUUCUUGAAACCAACCGUGCAGCCUUAUCAAAAGAGCAGUCCGUUCUCUCACAGCUGUCUGAAAGGAAGGCGGAGACCGAAGCGAAGAAGCGGGACGUAGAAGACAGCAUCAUGAGAGGACUUUCCGUCGAAAAUCCGCCCGCGGCUCACGCUAGCGACGCGAGCGUUGAGGGACAAGCCGUGGUUCGGCCUGAGGUCGAGGCUUUGACGCCCCCGCCAGUGGAAGCAAUCACCCCUGUUGGGUCCCCGAAGCAAGGUCCUCAGGAGGAAAUUCCAGAGUCCGUGGAGGAGGCUCAGAUCGAUGGUGGUUUUACGCUUCCAGGCAUUGGACAGCCUACCAAUAUUGUACCACCCGAUGCUGAUCUACCAGGUCUGUCCAAUCUUUCCAGCCUGCUUCAGCACGGCAGUCCCAACGGGGUCAACUCGAAGAAGCGCAAGGUUGCCCACGGAGAGGAGGACUAUGCGCAAUUCGCCAGCGGCGACCUGGACGCUGAUGUCGCCGAGUUACUGAAUCAGGAGGGCCAUCCCUAG